GGAAUCUUACUAUAGAUUUAUUUAUUUUAAUAAUAAUUAAAAGGAAUCUUUGAUAUUACUAUUCACCCAAUUGCUCUUUAAUCAAAGUGCAAAUUUGGAAUCUUUAUUAUUACAUUACAACUUCAUUCACUGAGAAAAUGGCAGUACUGUUGUGAGCUUAAUACUUUCUCCCAGAACCGAGCUUAAAAAAAAAGGAAGAUUUGUAUAUCUGGUAUAUAUAAAUCUUUGGUGGGGUUAAUAGUAUAAUGAUGUCAAGGUCUUACACUAAUCUCUUUGAACUCGCCUCUGGUGAAGCACCAUUACCAUCAUCCAGUUUUAGUAGGGGCGGAAAGAAGCUGUCCCGUGUGGCAACCGUGCCAGGGAUAUUGUCGGAACUAGAUGAUGAAGGUUUUAGUUCAGAUGCCCCAUCAUCCGUUACUCAAGAUCGGAUGAUCAUUGUAGGAAACCAACUUCCCCUACGGGUCCAGAAACGACCCGAUGGAAGUUGGUGCUUUAGUUGGGACGAAGAUUCCCUUCUUUUGCAACUUAGGGACGGGUUAGGGGAAGAUGUAGAAAUCCUUUAUAUAGGUUGUCUUAGAGAAGACAUAGACCCGAAAGAUCAAGAUGAUGUUGCCCAGGAUUUGCUUGAAAACUUUAAAUGUGUGCCAGCCUUUAUACCGCCUGAGCUUUUUAGUAAAUUCUAUCAUGGGUUCUGCAAACAACACUUAUGGCCAUUGUUUCACUACAUGCUUCCGUUAUCACCGGACCUUGGAGGUCGGUUCGACCGGUCCCUUUGGCAAGCAUACGUCUCGGUUAACAAGAUCUUUGCUGAUAAAGUAAUGGAAGUGAUUAGUCCAGAUGAUGAUUUUGUUUGGGUACAUGACUACCAUUUGAUGGUUCUACCUACUUUUCUAAGAAAAAGAUUUAAUAGGGUGAAGCUCGGGUUCUUUCUGCAUAGCCCGUUUCCAUCCUCCGAGAUAUACCGAACCCUUCCUAUAAGAGACGAGCUUUUACGCGCACUUCUCAAUUCCGACCUUAUUGGAUUCCAUACUUUUGAUUACGCGAGACAUUUUCUUUCAUGUUGUAGUAGGAUGCUUGGUUUAUCGUAUCAAUCUAAACGGGGUUAUAUCGGGCUCGAGUAUUAUGGCCGUACGGUAAGCAUCAAGAUUUUACCCGUCGGAAUUCAUUUGAAGCAACUUCGAAAUGUUCUUGAUCUACCUGAAACCAAGUCAAAAGUUGCAGAGUUAAGAGAUCAAUUUCAAGGUCAAACUGUGUUACUUGGUGUUGAUGAUAUGGACAUCUUCAAAGGUAUAAGCUUGAAACUUUUAGCGUUCGAGAAUUUGCUGACUCAACAUCCUGAAAAAAGGGGUAAGGUGGUCUUGGUCCAAAUUGCAAAUCCUGCUAGAGGUCGAGGGAGGGACGUUCUUGAGGUCCAAUCAGAGACUCAUACAACCAGGGAAAGGAUUAAUAGGAAAUUUGGUCGGCAGGGUUACGUGCCUGUAAUCUUGAUUGAUAGCCCGCUUCAGUUUUACGAGAGGAUUGCUUAUUAUGUGAUUUCCGAGUGUUGUCUUGUCACUGCUGUAAGAGACGGGAUGAAUCUGAUACCGUAUGAAUAUAUUAUAUGUAGACAAGGAAAUGAUAAGCUUGACGAAACUUUAAGGCUAGACCCGUCACUUCCCAAAAAGAGUAUGUUAGUUGUCUCUGAAUUCAUCGGAUGCUCACCAUCUCUAAGUGGCGCCAUCCGUGUCAACCCAUGGAAUACUGACUCAGUGGCUGAAGCUAUGGAUUCAGCACUGGUUUUUUCUGAAGCUGAAAAACAAAUGAGGCAUGAAAAACAUUAUAGAUAUGUUAGCACCCAUGAUGUUGCAUACUGGGCUCGUAGCUUUUGGCAAGAUCUAGAGAGAUCAUGCAGGGAUCAUGUGAGGAGAAGAUGUUGGGGUAUUGGGUUUGGAUUAGGGUUCCGUGUGGUUGCAUUGGAUCCAAAUUUCCGGAAGCUUUCGGUCGAGCAUAUUGUUUCAGCUUACAAACGGACCAAAAAACGUGCCAUUUUGGUGGAUUAUGAUGGGACUAUGACACUGCAGAGUUCAAUCAGCACCAGCCCAAGUUCAGAAGUUAUAGGAAUAGUGAAUAGUUUGUGUCGAGACCCGAAAAAUGUUGUUUUUAUCGUUAGUGGGAAGGAUAGAGUCACGUUGACCGAAUGGUUUUCACCGUGUGAAAAAUUGGGAGUUGCAGCUGAGCAUGGUUACUUCCUAAGGGAAAAUAAGGAUGCAGAGUGGGAAACUUGUGUUGCGGUACCAGAUUUCUACUGGAAACAGAUUGCAGAGCCGGUGAUGAAGUUGUACACGGAAACAACAGAUGGGUCAACCAUUGAAACCAAAGAGAGUGGACUUGUUUGGAAUUAUCAAUAUGCCGAUCCAGACUUUGGAUCGUGUCAAGCUAAGGAGCUUUUGGACCAUUUGGAAAGUGUUCUUGCUAACGAACCCGUUACAGUCAAGAGUGGGCAAAACAUCGUUGAAGUUAAACCACAAGGGAUCAACAAAGGGCUUGUUGCAGACCGUCUUUUGACAACAAUGCAACAAAAAGGAAUGGUACCGGAUUUCGUUCUUUGCAUAGGGGAUGACCGGUCAGACGAGGACAUGUUUGAAGCACUCACAAGAGCAAUGACAGGCCCUUCUCUUUCACCAGUAGCAGAAGUCUUUGCUUGCACUGUUGGCAGAAAGCCAAGCAAAGCCAGAUACUUUCUUGAAGACACAACUGAAAUCCUGAGAAUGCUGCAAGGCCUUGCUACCGUGUCUGAGCUGCAUUCGCUAAAAAACGUAACUAAAGCUGUUCAAAAAGUAUCCAUCGAGUAGAAAGAACUUACAGAAGUGCUAUUCUUCGUGUUCAUGGUAGUUAGGUUGCUUGUGAAUAAUCACCGUUCUCCGAAUUCAUCAUUAUUGGAGAAGAUUAGUUUCCAUGUCUAGAAGAUCUUUGGUGCUUUAUGUGAAAUUAUUGUUAUAGAGAGUAUUGUAGUUGGUAGUUUGAACUCAAACAAAUAAGUUGACUUCUGUUGCAACAGGUCAAACUUUUAAGGAUAUAUCAUAUAUGUAUCAUUUGCUUGAAAUAUGAUCAACCUUUGGUCUA